AUAGAUAAAUAGAUAGAUGAAUUUUGUAAAAUGUUAUUUGACUUAAAAAAUUUUCACACACACACAUACACACUCUCUCUCUCUCUCUCUCUCUCUCUCUCUCUCUUUUAUUCUCUUUCAUUACAUCGGCUAAUCUUAUCAAUUUAACGUCGCCAUAUUUAAUUUAUUGAGAGAGAGAGAGAAAUAAAUUUCGUAGAGAAAUUUUAUAAGGGUGGGGGGGCGGUGGGGGGGAUAAAAAAAGAAAAGAGUGUAUUGAAAAAGAAAAAGAAAAAGGAAAAGAAAAAAAAGAAAGAAAAAAAAAAACCGGAGAGAAAGAAAAAAUAAAUUCGAGGAUGCUGCCAAAGAAGGAGUCCCAACAACAACAUCAUCAACAGCAGCAGCAACAACAACAACAACAACAACAACAACAACAACAACAACAACAAAAGCAACAACGACAACAACAGGUAGAGCCUUAUGCUCUCGAAGACAUGAUAUCGGAUUUACAAGCUAGAAGAAGAAGUUCCCUCGAUCACGAGGAGACCCUACAAGAUCCAAGUGAACUUCUGAGGCAACGUGAAAGGGAUCUUGUUCUUGCCGCUGAACUUGGCAAGGCCUUGCUCGAAAGGAAUCAAGAAUUAACAAGGCAAAGCGAGUUAUUGGCCGACGAAUAUGCCGCGAAACUGGAGGUGAGUCGGAUUAGUCUGGAACAGGAGAGGCAUUUGUUACGUAGGAGAUUGGAGGAAACUAAAGGCGAAAGUGAAGCUAGAGUUAUCGAGCUUCAAACGGAUUUAGAAACAUUGAGAACUCAAUUGGAGGAACAAAAUGAACGUUCAAGAAGGGCCGAACGUGAUCAGGCAACAUUGGUUACGGAAUUGACGGCACAAAACGCAAGAUUGGCCGAUCAACUUAGGGAGGCCGCAAAACAGGAGGAACAAUUGUUCCUUGAGGUUAAAUUGUUACGUGAAAAGUGCGCGCACAGGAGUAAUACAUUACAGGAUCAUGUCAGCAGUUUGGAGAUUUUGCGGGAUGAGGUACAAUUGGUAUCCGCUCAGAGGACGGAAUUAGAGAGGAGAUCCUUGGAAUUACGCGAGGAGAGAGCCAGGGCGGUCGCGGCUCUCGAGGAAGCUGAGGAGAGAGCCGCGGCCUUGGAACGGCUUGGACAUGAGGCUGAACAUCGAGCUAGACUGGCAGAACAAGAGAGGGACGAGUUGGCAGCAGCCUUAGCAGCGAUCGAAGUCGAGAGAAGAGGUAGAUCCGGAUCUAUUCAAAAACCACCAAGGUCACUUCAAGUUGAGAUGGAGUGCGAAGAGAGCGGAAGUUCAUUGGGUGAACAGGAAGAUCUAAGAUCGGAAGUUACCAGAGCGGUUAAACGGUUGAAGGAACUUUGCGUUCAUUUGCGUAGGGGAGAGGAUGAUUCAGGUUUACAAAGCGACUGCGACGAGUCCAUGCUUGUCAUUGCUAACAAUACAGAAGCUGAAGUCAAUUAUCCAGGAGCAUUGAUGGAAUUGGUCGAAGAAGUUUAUAAUUUGGCAUUAUCGGGUCGUGGUGCCCCAGGUGAAUUAGGAUUGGCUGUUGAAUUACAUCGUGUAAGGGAGGAAUUGGAUCAGACGAAGGAACAAUUGAAACAAACCCAAGAUGAAUUGAAACGUCGUGGUGAGACAUUGUUGGAUACAACGAGUAAGCUCAGUGUAUGCGAGGCCGAAUUGAGAGGAGUUAAAGAGGAACGUGACAGAGCUAGAAAUGACAUGGAACAUACGCAAUUAACGAAGGACGAAAUAUUGGCACAGGCAUAUCAAGUUAGAGAUCAAGCCGUAGCAAGGAAGAACAGAGCUGAGGUUGAAUUGGCAAGAACAAGGAUAGACGUUUUACAAGCUAACAGCCAAUUGAUGGAGGCAAUACAACAAAAGGUUGAACUUAGUCAACAGCUUGAACAAUGGCAAAUAGAUGUACAGGUUUUGUUGGAUGAACAAGUACGUAGUAAACUAACGCCAACCUCUAAUACCAAUUCAAUUGCUACAAUUAAUAAGGAAUCCUCGGAGGUUGUUGCACCUGCUAGAAAAAAGAGAAGUAAUAGCUCGUCCAAAAAAAUGUUUGGGCUAUUUUGACGAAGGUGAAAUUGAUUAAUUGAAUGAAUUCUAUUUUAUCCUUAUUCAUUUCGCAUACUCUCAGCUAUAUCCCAGCGAUAUAUCAAUUCUCUUAAAAUGAAAAAUUCGCACGACAAUCGAUUAUCAACGAAGAACCAUUGUAUCGUUUAUUUCUUAACAGUGUACGAACUACUUAUUCGACGAUUGAUUUUUAUUGAGAUUUUAGGAUUUGGAAGAAGAAGAAAAAAAAAAAAAAGAAACAAGAAGAAGAGGAAGAAGAAAAAUAUUUCGAAAUAUUUGGAACGUUUGGAAGCAAAACAAAAAAAAAAAAAAGAAAAAAGAAGAAAAUAAAAUAUGUUUACGGUGUUUAUAAUUGUUUAAACAAAUUCCAUUGUUUCUACGUGAACACUAUUUGAACAUUAUAGCCGAACAUUAUAGUCGGCUUGAACGAUCUCGAACUUUUGUGUAUAUAAUUAUUACUCUUUCUUAUUGAUGACGAUUAGAUAAAAGAAUGUAAUUAGGGUAAUUUGUAUAGGACAAAUGAUUAGGAAUAGUGUUAGGGCAAUUGUGUACUUAACAUUUAUAUCAUUAUCAUUAUUAUUAUUAUUAUUAUUAUUACUAUUACUAUUACUAUUAUUAUUAUUAUUAUUAUUAUUAUUACUAUUAUUAUUAUUAAUAUCAUUAGUAUUAUUAAUAUUAUCCGUCCAGGAUGAAAGUGAAAUCAGUGAAGUGAAUCAACGAAAUUUUUUUUCGAAAAGUGAAUAUUUAAAGGACAAUAGACAAUCAGUGUGCAAUAAAAAAAAAAAAAAAAAAAGAAAAUGAUUUGAUAAGGACUAAUCGAAGUUUGCUAAUUAAUAUUAGAUCCAUAUCAGAUUGUUUAUAAUAAUGUGUAAUUCAUUAUCGGAUUGAUUAACAUCAGGAUUAUUUAUUUAAUAAAAUCGUGCUGUGUUGCGAAUUUGUUUGUAUAUUUCUUUUUUUUUUUUUCGUUCUUUUUUUUUCUGAAAUUAUAAAACGAAUAAACAAAUUACAUUGGAUCAACGUCGGAGUUGGGAUAUUUUGUGGAUUUGUAGAGUGAGAGAAAGAGUGUUUUCUUAUUUUUUUUUUUUUUUCCUUUUUUUUUUUUUGAAAAGUAUUUCUCCUGAUAAUUUAUUUUUAACAUUAAAUGAGGUGUCCCUAAAAAUCAUCCCUUAAUGUUUUGGAUGUUUUUAUUUAUUAAUUUAUUUUUUAUAUUUUAUUUUUAUUUUUUUUUUUUUUUUUUUUUUCUUCAAAGUAGAAACCAAAAAAGUUCAUUAGAAAUAGUUAUCUGUAAUUGAAGAGUGUGUUUGUGGGUUAAAAAUGAAAAAAAAAACAAACAAACAAAUACCCCCCACGAAAGAGCCCAUACGUUGAAUCAUGAAAUAAAAAAAAAAAAAAAAAAAAAAAAAGAAAAAUAUUAAAAGGGUAGAUAACAAGGGAAAAAGUAAUUGUAAAAGUAAUGAGAAUUUAUUGAUAAUUAAGAUUGAAGUGAAUUAUUUUGAAAAAGAAAAAAAGAAAAAGAAAAAGCGAAUGAACAUUUAUAUUACACACAAUUGUGCGUUUGUAGAGAAUCCUUUUUUGUUUUUUGUUUUUUUUUAAAUUUUAUCUCUGGACGAUCUUUGUUUCAAGACGAAGAGGAGGAAGAGGAGAAGGGUGAAAACUACCCUCAAGGAUAACGAAUUAUUGUUUCAUCUUCAAUGUCAUAAUGUCAACUGUCACAAACAUAGAAAAAGUUUAUUAGAAAAAAAAAAAAAAAUAGAAAAAACAAAAGGAUUGGU